AUGCAUCGAUCACUUCGAAACGUAGCCGAAGACUAUCAAAAGAGCGUAGCACAGACGGCGCCCAUCUUCAUGAGCACUGAGCAGCCUCCCCCGGAAAAUGGUACCCUACGAACCGUGCCCCAUGUACAGCGAUACAGCGAUGAGGAAAAUUCUGGGCCAUCGGUAGUGAAGCUAUCAUCGGGAAUCUUGAACUUUGGGCCACCCCAGCCACCAGAACCUCACGUACAGGAAAGUACUUUCGAUAAUGCACCCAACGAUAGUUUAGCUGCUUUAGACUGCUUCUUCGAUGAUGACCGAGACUUGUGUUACCUCGGAACUGGUCUUUGCCCUGGUAUCGGUUACAUCACUCGGAACUAUCACACAGCAACAGUGGUGGGACAUGAUGAGAACGAAUUCCUCCCUAUUCUUGUGGAACGCACAAAUGAGUAUAUGCAUAUUGCUUCACACAAUGAUCUCGAGCAGUUAAUCGAAGAUGUGAAUGAUGUUCUGGAAACACUUGAGAGGCGAAGUUUAGAGCAGGGAGAGGAGGUUGCCGUUGCUACGAAGGUGAAGGAGUUAAGGACUGUAGGCAGGGACAUGCUUCGGAGGUUCAGUCGAUAG